UUUCUCUUUUUCCAGCAUUACAGUGUUUCUGCCACCUCUGUACAAAAGACAAUUUUACUUGUGUGACAGAUGGGCUCUGUUUUGUCUCUGUCACAGAGACCACAGACAAAGUUAUACACAAUAGCAUGUGUAUAGCUGAAAUUGACCUAAUUCCUAGAGAUAGGCCAUUUGUAUGUGCACCCUCUUCAAAAACGGGGUCUGUUACUACAACAUACUGCUGCAAUCAGGACCAUUGCAAUAAAAUAGAACUCCCAACUACUGUAAAGCCGUCACCUGGCCUUGGUCCUGUGGAACUGGCAGCUGUCAUUGCUGGACCAGUCUGCUUCGUCUGCAUCUCACUCAUGUUGAUGGUCUACAUCUGCCAUAACCGCACUGUCAUUCACCAUCGAGUGCCAAAUGAAGAGGAUCCUUCAUUAGAUCGCCCUUUUAUUUCAGAGGGUACUACGUUAAAAGACUUAAUUUAUGAUAUGACAACAUCAGGUUCUGGAUCAGGUUUACCAUUGCUUGUUCAGAGAACAAUUGCGAGAACUAUUGUGUUACAAGAAAGCAUUGGCAAAGGUCGAUUUGGAGAAGUUUGGCGAGGGAAGUGGCGGGGAGAAGAAGUUGCCGUUAAGAUAUUCUCCUCCAGAGAAGAGCGCUCAUGGUUCCGUGAGGCAGAGAUUUAUCAAACUGUAAUGUUACGUCAUGAAAAUAUCCUGGGAUUUAUAGCGGCAGACAAUAAGGACAAUGGUACUUGGACUCAGCUCUGGUUGGUAUCAGAUUAUCAUGAGCAUGGAUCCCUUUUUGAUUACUUGAACAGAUACACAGUUACUGUGGAAGGAAUGAUAAAACUCGCUCUGUCCACAGCGAGUGGUCUUGCCCAUCUUCACAUGGAGAUUGUUGGUACCCAAGGAAAACCAGCUAUUGCUCAUAGAGAUUUGAAAUCAAAGAAUAUCUUGGUGAAGAAGAAUGGAACUUGCUGUAUUGCAGACUUAGGACUGGCAAAUUUUUUUCUUUUUACCAAUAUAGGAAUUCAUGAAGAUUACCAGCUGCCUUAUUAUGAUCUUGUACCUUCUGAUCCAUCAGUCGAAGAAAUGAGAAAAGUUGUUUGUGAACAGAAGUUAAGGCCAAAUAUUCCAAACAGAUGGCAGAGUUGUGAAGCCUUGAGAGUAAUGGCUAAAAUUAUGAGAGAAUGUUGGUAUGCCAAUGGAGCCGCUAGGCUUACGGCUUUGCGCAUUAAGAAAACAUUGUCACAACUCAGUCAACAGGAAGGCAUCAAAAUGUAAUUCUGUGGCUUCGCCUGAACUCUACUUUUUUCUUCAGAUCUGCUCCUGGGUUUUAAUUUGGGAGGUCAAUUGUUCUACCUCACUGAGAGGGAACAGAAGGAUAUUGCUUCCUUUUUGCAGCAGUGUAAUAGAGUCAACUAAAAACUUCCCAGGAUUUCUUUGGACCCGGGAAA